UUUAUUAACCCCUUCGUGCCUAAGUGUAAAACAAAUCUUAAUGCCUAAGCACAAUUUUGCAGCUUUGACAUGUGUUAGAAAAACCGUACAUAUCAUCACAAUUACUUUGUACAUCCAGGUGGAUUAUACCACAUUUUGUUCAGGACAAAAUGGACUUUCAUUUGGUGGUAAAUGGUAAUGGAUAUCUCCUAUAAUUUUUAUUUUUAUUAUCAAGUCAGCGCUGCACAAUGGAUAUCUCCUGAUUUUUUUUUUUUAUUACCAAAGGAAAACUGGCCCAAAAUAG